UUAAUGUCUGAAGGUCUGUACUUCCAGAAAGAGUGGCUCAAAGUCUGAUGAGAGAACCUGGUCUACGCUGAGUGACUCAGAUGCAGCGAAUUCGCAUGUCAUAAGUGCCUAAUGAAGUACCAUCAUCAUGGAAACUGGAAAUUAGUCAGAUCUAAGUUCCUCAUGUACUUUUUGGAAGAUAAUACAAAGAUUGAGUGCCAUUUCUGUGGCGGCAAGGAUGGAAAGCAUACUCAUUGUAGAUGGCUGACACUUGAUCUUUUUAAGCGGACUAAGAUUAACUUCCGGCUAGCGAAGAAGUUCAGGGAUGAUAAUUAUAUCAAACUUGCACAGAGGAAAUUUGAUGAACUGGCAGUCAGUAUUUUGGAAGAAGUCAAAAAGAAGAACGUCAGGAAAGAUAGAAAGUUUAAAGGGAUGUUGAAGGCUCCUGCUCAAGGGAUUAAUUUCCAUAAUUUAUCAGUUCUCUGUGAAAAAGUCGAUGGCUUGAACACAGAUAUUUUAAAUUACUGCUACAAAAAUAAUAUUUUAGUAAAACACGAAACUCCAAAUAUUUAUGGCUUGUACAAUAUUGGAUCUUCAAAGCCAGAAAGUACCAAAGAAAAAGAUGAUGAGAUUGCUCAAAAGCAAGAACAAUUAGCCGCACUGAGGAAGGAAAAGCAAGAACAUGAGAAGAAGUAUAACCAAAUAAACAAGAAGAAAGAAGAAACUGCUGAAGAAUUUUAUGAUUCAUUCAAAAAGUUUGCCCGUGAGAAAGUAAUAAAAACCCUUGAAAUGUAUAAAGAAGACUCCUUAGAUGAGCCUUCUCCAGUAAGAAUCGAAGAGACUAAGGAGGUUGGUCGGAUGCAGGCCCAGUUUAUAGAUCUUCCUGCUCAACCCAAGUUCAAUGAGGAGCAUAUCUACAUUUGCUAUAAAGCUGGCAACCAAAAUUACCUACACAUUAAAAAGCCAAACUGCUUUGGAGAUGGCAGCUCUGACUCCAUUCAUGUACAUAUGUGCUCGUUCUACGGAUUAGGAAACCUUUCUCUUGACGUAAGGAAGAAAUGAGGUCGUGAAAUAAUCACAGAAUUUGUAGACAAGUAUUAUCUUCCAACCUUGAAGGAUUUAGAGCUGAACUAUCUUGAUAAAGAUGAUGAGCUUGUUAAAACCUUCUUGAAUGAAUGUAUUGUUAACCCAAUGGAUCAAUUAAUCUUGAACGAAAGAGGGUUAAUGAAGUACCAUAAGAAGAAAAGAGUUCCAUAUGCUCCAUAUAAAGAUUCUAUCUUAAAAUCUUUCAAAAAUGUAAAAGAGAGUGUAAAGCUUGGAUAUUUCCAAUUUAAUAGCAAAGAAAUUAGUGAGGUUGUCCAAAAUUGAUGUCAUAUCACUCAAUUCCUUGAAAUUGAAAACAGCAAUAUCACUGUUGACAGUGACUUUAACUUCGGAAAUCGAGAUACUCAUAUCGACGUGAUCUCCUUCAAAAAUACAAAAUUCUCUUCAUCAACAGGGAUUAAAAAGGCUGCUGAGAAUAUUGUAAAAGCUAUCAGCAACUCUGCUCUUCAAUACAGUUUGAAAGAGAUCCGUCGGAGUGGUUGAAACAUCGGUGAUACCAUCCUUGAAGAUUGCCUUAAAGACCAAGACUUAGACAUUGUAGUAGUUAGUACUAAAUAAAAUAUGUAUUAAUGUUAAAUUUAUGUU